AUGACCAAAUUAGCUCGGCGCCGUGUGUCUAGCCCUCUCCAUCCAUCAACAAAAGUCGCAAUGAAGGACCUCACCUCCGUUGAGACCCUGCCCAUCCCCGCCGGUGUGACCGUCGCCGUUAAGGCGCGCAAGAUCACUGUCGAGGGCCCUCGCGGCACCCUCGUCAAGAACGUCCGCCACGUUGCGAUGGACAUCCAGGUCGUUGCCGACAAGGUUGUCUUCACCAUCUUCCACGGUGGCCGCAAGCACGUCGCGUGCCUCCGCACCAUCCGGUCGCUGGUUGAGAACAUGAUCACCGGCGUCACCAAGGGCUUCCAGUACAAGAUGAAGCUCGUCUACGCGCAUUUCCCCAUCAACGCCAUCCCCGCUGCCGACGCCCAGUCGAUCCAGAUCCGCAACUUCCUUGGCGAGAAGAUUGUGCGCGAGUGCCCCAUGCUCGAGGGCACCACCGUCAAGCUCUCGGACGUCAAGGACGAGAUCAUCCUUGAGGGCAACGACAUCGAGAAGGUGUCCCAGUCCGCUGCGUCGAUCACCGACAAGUGCCGCGUGAAGCACAAGGAUAUCCGCAAGUUCCUUGACGGUAUUUACAUCUCGGAGCGCACCAACGUUGUCCAGGACGAGUAG